AUGUGCAUAGUGGCUGUACUUCAGGAAAACGUGAGAAGCCUGACUCGAGACGCCCGUGACGACCGCGCGGGAGGUUUAGCUAGCAAGGGCCGAAAUGUAGGUGCUGUACAACGUCCGGGAUCUGCCAGGGCUGCAAAAAUCUGUCGCACUUCUGAAAAGGAAGAUUCUCCAAGUUCAUUUCUACAAAUCAUAUUUCCAGAGAAGAUUAAAGAUAGAACAAGCUCAGAAGAACAGAUAUCCUAUGUUAUUCCAAUCAACAAGAAGCCAUAUACUGUGCACCUCGAGAAAAGAUAUUUUUUAGCAGAUCGUUUUAUGGUUUAUUUGUACAAUCAAGGAUCUAUGCGUUCUCAGUCUUCAGACAUCCUGGCUCAGUGCUACUAUCAAGGAAACAUCAGCUAUCCAAACUCCGUUGUCACCCUCAACACUUGCUCCGGACUGAGUAUAUUGGGAGUCCACAAGUUGGACGCUCUUGAUCAACUGGGUGGUUGUGCAAUCAAUGCUCUCAUCCCUAGAUUCCAUUCACUGACACCCGAGCGCCAUGCUCGGCUUUCCCAGCUGAACAACCCCACCAGCGAAUUCCAUGCGCGUUCCCCUGCUAGCCCAGAAUCACCUUCAGUAACCUCGUCUCCCCUCUAUCUAGAGAUGAAUAUUGUGGUGGACAAAACUUUGUAUGAUUACUUGGGCUCUGACAGCAUGAUUGUAACAAAUAAAAUCAUCGAAAUUAUCAGUCUCAUAAAUUCAGUGUUUGCCCAACUCAAGGUUACUGUUGUGUUGUCCUCGCUGGAGUUGUGGUCAGAUAAAAAUAAGAUUUCUACAGAUGGUGAAGCAGAUGAGUUAUUGCGAAGGUUCUUAGAAUGGAAGCAAUCUUAUCUUACGCUGAGGCCUCAUGAUGUUGCGUACUUAUUCAUCUAUAAUGAGUACCCAAAUUACGUGGGAGCAGCGUACCCUGGGAAGAUGUGUUCUGCCCGCUACUCUGCAGGAAUCACAAUGUAUCCCAAGAACAUGACUUUGGAGACUUUCUCAGUUGUUGUCUCCCAGAUGCUGGGGCUCGGUCUGGGGAUAUCAUACGAUGACUCAACAAGAUGCCACUGCCCAGAAACCAUCUGCCUCAUGGAUGCAAGAGCGCUACAACAUAGAGGUAUGAAGACAUUUAGCAAUUGCAGUUUGAGUGACUUUGAACGUUUUAAAUCGAGUAUGGGUGCCAAAUGUCUUCAGAAUAAGCCACAAAUGCAAGUAGGCCCGAGACCUGUCUGUGGAAACGGCAAAGUGGAGGAAAAUGAGAUCUGUGACUGUGGCUCUGUCCAACAAUGUGGGCCUAAUAGCUGUUGUGAUCCUACAACUUGUGUUCUGAAGCCGGGAAAUGCUUGUGACAGUAUGUCUCCCGCACAAACCUGCUGCAAAAAAUGUCAAUUUUUACCACAGAAGCAUGAAUGUAGAGCCAAAUACCAUCCAAUCUGUGACCUUCCUGAAGUCUGCAAUGGGAGCUCAGGAUACUGUCCACCUGAUCUCACUAUACAAGAUGGACACAUUUGCAAAACUGGGGGCUUUAUUUGUUAUAAAGGAAACUGUCCUGACCAGAACGAGAUGUGUGAGAAAGCGUAUGGAGCAGGUUCAAAGAAUGCUCCCUUUGCCUGCUAUGAAGAAAUCCAGGGUCAAACUGACAGAUUUGGCAACUGUGGGAAAAACCAGCAAAACAAAUAUGUAUUCUGUGGAUGGAGGAAUCUCAUGUGUGGGAAAUUAAUUUGUACUUACCCUAGCCGGGUUCCUUAUAGCCCACCUAAUGCUAGCAGUGCUUCUGUGGUUUAUGCUUUUGUACGGGACCAUGUAUGUAUAACUGUGGACUUUGGAUUGACCCAUGGAGAAGAUCCACUUAAAGUUCCUGGUGGCAGUAUAUGUGACCAAGAUAGGAUUUGUUUAAACAGUGUAUGUGUAGAAUCAAGAUUUCUCAAGAGCAGUUCGGAAACAUGUACAAGAAAGUGCAACGGACACGGAGUGUGCAACUCCCUUGGUGACUGCCAUUGUGAAAGUGGCUACAAACCUCCGAACUGCGAAGCCGCGGGCGGGAGAGCGGCCUCGCUGUGGUUUAGGAAGAACGAUCUGUACAAGGAAGAAGAUAAUGGUUUAGAAAAGAAGUGGCUUCUAAGUUUGUACAUUGUUUUAAUUAUUCUAACUUCAGCAAUCAUAAUACUCACAGCAUGGAGAGGCAUGAAGCAGCGGUUUUUCAAGGAAGAGGAAUCCCUGAGUAGCGAAACCAAAUCAGAAGGCAACACUCACACCUAUGCCAGCAAAUCAAAAUCCCAGGCGAGUAGUUCCACACCUGCCAGCAGUAACUAGCUAUCCCUUCAGCAGCAAUGGGAGGAGGAGGAGGAAGAGGAAGAGGAGGAAGAGGACAGCACUCAGGGUAUCACUGAGAGAUGAAAAGUCCACGUUCUUCCCUUGGUCACAGCUAAAGGAGCUAAUAAACCCAAUGUGGACCAAUUUGCAGGCUUGCUUGACUUUUUUCCUGUGGCUUUCCUCUACUUUGGCAUUCAGCCCACUGUAGUCAUAUCAUGCCAGCGCCCUGGGGGCCAGUCAGUGGUGUCAAACUGACUCCCUGAGCUCUUCCUGUUACCCCGAGCAUCCCUCUCCAUCCACCUGACCCUGCCAUGCCAUGCCUUGCAGCGCGCCUCUGGGUCAACUGCCUGAAUCAGAACCAUCCUGCGGGUGUUCCCUGUACCUCUGGUCAGUAGAUAGGAAGAAGCAAGGUGAGUGCUAGGAUUCGCUUUUCUGUUUCCUGACUAUAGGUACACUACCAUACCUUCUCUGCUGUGAUGGACUGUGGCUCUCAAACUGCGAGCCAAAGCAGCCCCCCUCCCCCUUUCUUAAAUCACUUUUGUCACAUAGUUUGUGACAAUAACGAGAAGAGUAACUAAUAUACAGGCACCCCAAUUCUCAUCAGUGCCCAGAGUUGCAGCUUCAGGUUAUCCACACAGGGAGGCGAGUUUUAGAAACUUUCUUGCCAGACCAUCCAGUUGCCAGGAACCUAAAGACAGUGACGAGAAUGGUGGGUACUCAGAAGCCUCCUUGGCGGUGGCCGGGACCGGCAUGUGAGCGAUUCACUGAUGGGACUCCACUGUGGUAAAGCCUAUGGGAACCCCUUUUCCACUUGGAAAGGACCUGCGGUGAGUUUCGGGAGCCUCUAGGCUUAUUACCUAGAUGGCGCGUGCUACAAGCUCUCCUUGCUUUCCCUAUGCUGUUUAUACUCAGCAAUAUUUAGUUUCGUUGGUCAAGGGCAAGGCUGGGCCACGCAGGCUGAAAGCCCUGUGGAUGAAUACU